AUGUGGAACUUCCCCCAUGUUAUAGGUACAAUAUAUGGCAAACACAUCGUCAUGCAAGCUCCUCAUAACGCUGGAUCAGAAUAUUUUAACUACAAAAAAACGCAUAACAUAGUCCUUCUAGCUGCUUGUAAUGCUAAAUACGAAUUCACUAUGGUGGACAUUGGUGACUCAGGAAAACGAAGUGAUGGUAGUGUUUUUAAUAAUUUCAGUCUUGGUUAUGCAAUUGAAAAUAAUAAAUUAAAUAUUCCUGACCCAGAAAAUAUAGGUAAUUCCGAAAAAAUAUUACCCUAUGUUUUUGUUGCUGACAAUGCUUUUGGUUUUAAAAAGCACAUGAUGAAACCGUACCUUAAUCAAAAUAUAUCUUUAGAUAAAAAAAAAUUUAAUUACAGAAUUUUAAGGGUUAGUAGGGUAAUGGAAAAUAUACUUGGUAUUGCUACAACACGAUUUCGUAUAUUUCGCAGACCAAUUAUCGCUAAUCUUGAAAAAAUGGUCUUAAUUACACAAGCAAUUGUAGUUUAA